AUGGUGAAGAGGCGAAAGGUUCUUCCACCUCCUAAUGUUACUGGAGCUCUACACAUUGGUCAUGCUUUAACUGCUGCUAUCCAGUGCAUAACAAUGAAUAAGGAAUGUGCUAGUGAACAAUCUCAUGGCCUUAUGACUGGACCUUCAAAUAAUAUCCACAAAGAACUGAAAUUUGAUUAUGUAGAUAACUUUGACAGACAUAAUUCAUGUUUUACAAAUAGUGUUUCACCUUUACAAUAUCAUACAACUGAGAAAUAUCAGGUGAAGAUUAUAAAGUGCCUUGUUGAAAACAUUAUGGUAGAUAUAUCUUUUAAUCAACUUGGAGGAUUGUGUACCCUUUGCUUUCUUGAGGAGGUUGAUAAUCUGAUAAACCAUAACCAUUUGUUUAAGAGGAGCAUUAUACUAAUCAAAGCCUGGUGUUAUUAUGAGAGCCGCAUACUUGGUGCUCUCCAUGGGCUCAUAUCAACUUAUGCCCUUGAGACUUUGGUUCUUUACAUAUUCCAUGUUUUCAACAAUUCUUUUGUUGGACCUCUUGAGGUACUUUACCGUUUUCUGGAGUUCGUUAGUAAUUUCGACUGGGAAAACUUUUGUGUUAACUUAUGGGGUCCUGUGCCAGUAAGCUCACUUCCAGAUGUGACUGGUAAUAGUAAGUCAAUGUUUGACUUUAUGCUGAUGUGGACAUAUUCUUAUAAAAUUGUAGCUGAGCCACCUCGUAAAGACAGUGGAGAAUUGCUGUUGAACAAAGUAUUUCUUGAUGCUUGUAGCUCUUUGUAUGCUGUUUUUCCUGGUGGUCAGGACAACCAAGGGCAAACUUUUGUUUCCAAACAUUUUAAUGUUAUUGAUCCAUUACGUGUUAGCAAUAAUCUUGGACGCAGUGUCAGUAAAGGUAUUUUUUUUAAAUUUAUUUUAUCAUCUUAA